CUGAAGCAUUGGCAACUGGGUAUGAUACGGAAGCUGUCAUUUUUAGUCCCCAGUGGUACCCUUCCCGUGUUGGCCUGCAACUGGAACGCAAUGGGCCCUAUUUGAAGGAUUCUGUUAACAUUCAAAGCCUUGCAGCAUCCUCCAUCAUUACACUAUAUUUUACAGACCUGGGUCAGCAGUUUUUUCUAACAGAAUAUACCGGGCCUCUACUAAUAUACCUGCUCUUUUACAUUCGUCUCUCAACUAUUUAUGAUCAAGUGGAAACUACGAAGAACUUCCGCCACCCAGUGGUGCACUUGGCUUGCUUCUGCCAUUGUUUGCACUACGUCAGACAUCUUCUGGAGACGUUAUUUGUUCACAAGUUUUCUGGAGAGCACACUCCUCUGAAAAAUAUGAUAAAGGGCUGUGUCUUUUACUGGGGAUUCACUUCUUGGAUUGCAUAUUACAUCAACCAUCCCCGAUAUACGCCACCGUCAUUUGGCCACAGACAAGUUUCUCUUGCUGCCCUUGCUUUUCUGAUGUGUGAAGCUGGAAAUCACUUUAUCAACGUAGCAUUAGCUCACCAAAAUCAUUCAGGAAACAAAGCCUGUUUUCCAAGUCCAACCUACAACCCCUUCACGUGGCUCUUCUUGCUGGUAUCCUGUCCCAACUAUACUUAUGAGGUUGGGUCUUGGAUUAGUUUCACGGUAAUGACACAAACCCUGCCAGUCGGCAUUUUUGCUUUCCUGAUGGUCAUCCAGAUGUCUCUCUGGGCCCAAAAGAAACACAAGCUGUACCUGAAGAAAUUUUAUCCAGAGGUGCGCAGAAAAGCAGCCAUGAUUCCUAUCGUCUUCUGAGCUCUUGGUGAAAGCUGAAGCCUAAGUGUAUACAGUUCAACAGCUAACUCAGAGUAAAUGAGCCAUUUAAUUCACCAACCGAAGUGUAUCUGAGGAAGCACUACUGGAUACCUUUUUCAGAGAAUUAGCAGAUUAAAAAGCUUCUAAUUAAGUGGAAAAAAACCAAACCAAACCAAACCAAGCCUCUCUUCAAUUCCUGAUUCCUGCUAAAAGAUAUUUAAUUAGAUUUUUGCAUGGAGCUAAUUGGGAAAGGAUGAGAAAAUUUUUUAUAUUCAGUUUUAGGCUAGUACUUAUCUGGUUUAAAUGGGCAUGGAGGUUGUUAAAAUUAAUGAAAUACAUACACCUCAUCUGCUUGAUUUUAAGUUUUGGUGUUAGAUGUUGACCAGAUUCUCAGAUUUUUGCAUCAGAAGUUGUUUCCCAGCCUCAUUUCUAUUAAAUUGCACAGAAACAGCCUGUUCUGCCUUAAAUCCUCUAAAGCAUCACAACAAAGAAUGAUUGCUAUACUGCUAAAACAGUUUAGUUUUACAAAGCUUUUCCUUCUUUCUUUUUUUUAAUUGAAUCCAAGAGCAAGUUGUUCAAUGCAAAUUGGCUUCAAAUGGUCACUGCAGGGAAGUCUGGUUCUCUUUCAUUUUCAGGCAGGUGGAUCAGCCCCAUAGUCUUAGGGGGGGACAGUUUGUGAGGUGCUACCAGAAUGACUCAAGAUACAAGAAGCACAGUUAGCUUAGGCCAAAUAAGCACCUCCAGGAGCUGUUUACCUCCGUGCAUUAUUUGUUGGUCAUUCAAUAUGUGAGGAUGGGAGAGAAGGGUGUCAGCUCCUGUAGCAAAUGACUGAAGUUUUAAAAUCAGGUAAAGAGCAAAGACUAGGUAUAAACAAAUGAUGAUACACUAUAGCAGACUGAAAAAAUACGCGUGGCUGAUAUUUUGGGAUGUGGUCUUGAAUUGCUAAAACUACUUUAAAUUGUGUCAAGCUGCUUCAUGAAUAGCAAUAAAUCCAACUUUGUGCACAUUCA